UUUGUACUUUCGUUUUCCAGUUUAAGCGUCACACCGAAACUAUUUAAAACCCCAGCACCUGCCUUGUGAAAUGACAGUAGAGAAGACAAAGAAGCUGAAAGCACAGAACUGUCCUCUAUCACUCCUAACUGCAGCUUCCUAAGACUAAGCACAGGAUGGCAGAGUUUAAACUACGUUCCUACCAGAAGGAAGUGGUUGAAAGGGCACUGAAGGGAGAAAAUGUUAUCAUUUGGCUUCCAACUGGAGGUGGAAAGACCCGAGCUGCUGUCUAUGUAGCCAGAAGGCAUUUGGAGACCACAGCAAAUGCUAAAGUGAUGGUGCUGGUCAACAAGGUUCAUCUUGUGGACCAACAUUACACCAAAGAGUUUAAGCCUUAUCUGGGUAAUGGUUAUAGACUCAUGAAAGUCAGUGGUGACAGCCAGGAGAAGGAUUUCUUCGGGAUAGUGGUGCAGGACAAUGACGUGAUCAUCUGCACAGCCCAGAUCCUGUAUAAUGCUUUGAUCAACAAGGAGGAGGCAAAACACGUUGAGCUCUCAGAUAUCACUCUACUGAUAAUCGACGAGUGCCAUCACACCCACAAGGAGUCAGUCUACAACAAAAUAAUGAGAUGCUACGUGGAGAAAAAGCUGAAAGGACAACGACAGAUACCACAGAUCCUGGGUCUCACUGCCUCACCUGGGACAGGAGGUGCAAGGGUCCUGGAAGAUGCUGUGAAUCAUGUGCUGGAGAUCUGUGCCAACUUAGACUCAGUUAUUGUCUCAACUAAAAACUACACUCCUGAGCUGGAGGAGAAGGUGCCCCGGCCCCAAAAGACCUUUGACAUUGUGGAGAAGAGAGCAGCAGACCCAUUUGGAGACCAUAUCAAGUGGAUGAUGCAGCAGAUUCACGGAUUCAUGAACCUUCCUUCUGACGUGAGGCUUAGAGAGUGUGGCACACAAGAAUAUGAGGCAGAUGUUGUGAUUCUGGAGCAACGAGGAGUUAGAGAGGACAACAGGCUCUUGGCACAAUGCGCACUCCAUCUGAGACAGUAUAAUGAUGCUCUACUCAUUAAUGACACGCUGCGAAUGAUGGAUGCAUAUCGCUCUUUGGAGGAAUUCUACAACACAAAAGUCACUACGGCCAUUGAUGGGACAGAUUACUUCCUGGUGGGACUUUUUCAAGAGAAUCAGGUGGAGCUGAAGAAUUUUGCUACAGAUUCCCGCUUUGAGAACCCAAAAAUGGCAAAACUUGAGAGCACUCUCCUUGGCCAGUUCGGUCCAGAUGUCCAGUCUCGGGGCAUUCUCUUUUCCAGAACUCGCAGGAGCACCCACUGCCUCCUCGACUGGGUCCAGAAGAAAAGGACAUUGCAGAAAGCCGGGAUAAAGGCUGCCAUCCUUACAGGGGCUGGUAAUGGCAUCACUUAUAUGACACAGAAUGAGCAGGCAGACACAAUCCGCAACUUCCGAAAUGGUACACUGAACCUCCUGAUCUCCACCAGUGUGGCUGAGGAAGGCCUCGACAUCCCUGAAUGCAACCUAGUGGUACGAUAUGGACUCCUUACGAAUGAGAUUGCACAGCAGCAGGCCAGUGGACGUGCCCGAGCAAGGGACAGCCAGUAUUCAGUGGUCGCCCAAGAAGGCGGACGGGAGAUCCGCCGAGAACGCAUCAACGAAUACUUGGAAGAGCUGACUGGAAAAGCCAUCGCUAGGGUCCAGAGUAUGAGUGAGCAUGAGUUCCGCAGAAAGACCAAUGAAAUUCAAACACAGACCAUUAUUAUGAAUAAAGUUUUACAAGAUCGUAAAACGGAGAAGAAGAACCGACAUGCUGCUUCUAGCAUCAGGAUCUUGUGCAGAAACUGUUUUGCACAAGUGGCAUCUGGGAGUGACUUUAAACUUCUUGAAAAUGCACACUAUAUCAAUGUAAAUUCUGACUUUAAAAAUCACUACAAACUGGGUGGAGAGGUGGUGCUAGAGAAACGUUUUGAGGACUGGGAGCCUGGAUGCACAGUCAGCUGUAAUAAUGGCAACUGCAACAAGGAUUGGGGAUUUGAAAUGAAAUACAAGAAGGUAGCCAUACUUCCAAAUCUUGCCAUCAAGAACUUUGCCUUGGAGACACCUGAAGGAAGGGUCACAGUUAAAAAGUGGAAGGAUGUUCCUUUUAUGGUCGAGGAGUUUACAUUUGAACAGUACUGCAAUGACCACUUCCCAGACUUGUUUGAUUAAGACAUAGAAAAGCUCAGUGUGUUUUUCUGACUCCAUUUUCCUUUUUGUUUCCUCUACAUUUUUAGAGGGAUAUGGUCAAAAUUUGUUGUACUGUCGGAGGUGCUUGAAAAUAAGCACAUCCUUUAAAAAAAAAAAAAAAUUUCACUCCAUGUUAAGUCAUAUUAGUGCUGGCGGGCCAGUGAGAUAGAAGCUUAAAAACCCAUUGCUUAUUGAUCAUGCUUGAAAUUAGCGAGACGGCUUUGUUUAUGCCCAAGGUCUUCCCUGUGCUGCACAUAUGAUACGCUUUUCCUCAGCUUCAUUGAAAGUCAAAGCAGAAAACUAUCUUUGGUGUUGCAUAAGCUUUGCUGAACAUAUUGUAUUCACACAGGACUCUACAUGAAUUCUCUUUCAGACACUUUAGUAGGAAUGAAACAUUUAGAAUCAAUAAAGAAUGAAUUUGAAUGCUUUAUAUUUCUUCACUCAUGUAUACGUUUUAAACCAAUUCAAAGCGGAAAUAAAUUUUUUAAUUAAAUUUC